UCCUGCAAUGACACAAAUAUCCUCCUCCUGGUAUGAAGAAAAAUCGAACGGACCCGAGCCUUCUUCGCUUCACUGAACACAUUCAAAUUCUAUCAAUUCGAUUUUCCGGUCACAAACUUCGUUAACGAUCUUAGUUCCGGUGUGUUUCCGUUAUACCGCCUCCUCUACGGAACCACCGAAAUUAAGAUUUAUAUUCAGUUUAUUUUGUUUCCAAAGCAAACCGUUUAUUUUCUCGCAUUCGGUUUUUCUUUUUUCAUUGGAUUGCGUUAUGUUCACGCCACAGAGAAGGUCGUCAGCGGCCAUUACAUUGACUCCUCGAAGCGAGGUGCGUAAAAGCGGUGCUCAAAAUGUGGCUCCUUCUAACCCUAACAUUGUAGGGAAGGGUAAAGCGGUGGCAUUUGUUGAUGGGCCGCCUGCUCCUCCGCCACCGCCACCUCCACCUCCGGUAGGCUCCCUGAGUGGGAAUGACGUGGAGUUGGAUACUGAAGAUAUGGAAGAUUGGAAGCGAUUUAGGGAGGCGGGUUUAUUAGACGAAGCGGUCAUGGAGAGAAAGGACCGCCAAGCGCUUCUUGAGAAAGCCUCGAGGCUCGAAAAGGAGCUUUUUGAUUACCAAUAUAAUAUGGGUCUUCUCCUUAUUGAGAAAAAAGAGUGGAAUUCAAAUUAUGAAGAACUUAGGCAAGCACUAGCAGAAGCUCAGGAGAUCCUUAGGCGCGAGCAAUCGACCCACAUAAUUGCAUUCUCUGAAGCUGAGAAGCGGGAAGAUAAUUUAAAGAAAGCCUUGGUCAUUGAGAAGCAGUGUGUGACAGAUCUUGAAAAGGCUCUGCGUGACUUGCAUGAAGAGCGUUCACAGAUUAAGCAUGCUUCUGAGUCAAAAUUGGCUGAUGCAAAAGCUUUAGCUGUUGGAAUGGAAGAGAAAUCUCUGGAGGUGGAAGAAAAGCUGUGUGCUGCUGAAGCCCAGCUUGCUGAAAUAAACAGAAAGAAUGAAGAGUUGGAUAUGAAAUUGCAUGAUGUGGAAGCUCGUGAAAAUGCAGUUCAGAUGGAGAGCCUUUCCAUAAAAACUGAGAGAGAAGCACAUGAGGCAACUUUCUAUAAACAGAGAGAAGAUCUACUUGAAUGGGAGAAGAAACUACAGAAAAGGGAAGAGAAAUUAUGUGAGCUUCGGAGAACUCUCAACCAGAGAGAGGAAAAGGCAAAUGAAAAUGACAGGAACCUUGAGCAGAAACGGAAGGGUUUGGAGGAGGCGGAAAAGAAGAUUGAUGUAUCACGUGAAAAGUUGAGGGAGAUGGAAGAUGAUAUGAAUAAUCGGCUCUCAGACCUGAUUGCUAAAGAGAAGAAAGUAGACUCUGCAAGGAGCAUCCUAGAGAUGAAGGAGAAUCACUUACUUGUAUUGGAAAAACAGCUUAGUGCUCGAGAAAAAUUGGGAGUUCAGAAGCUCCAUGAUGAGCACCAGGCUGUUCUGAGUGACAAGAUGCAGAAGCUUGAGUUAGAACUGGAUGAAAAGAGGAAAGGUCUUGAUGAAGAAUUGAGCAGAAAGGUAGAGGCAUUGGGGCAGCACGAAGUUGAGAUUCUUCAUAGGGAAGAAAAGUUGAGGAAACGAGAGCAAGCUUUGGAUAGGAAGUUGGAGAGAGUGAAGGAGAAAGAAAAGGACCUUGAUGUGAAAUCAAAAAAUGUGAAGGAGAAAGAGAAGUCUAUGAAAGCUGAGCAGAAGAACUUGGAUCUUGAACAUAAAAAAUUGCUUGCUGAUAAAGAGAGCUUGCAGAUUCUCAAAGAUGACUGUGAGAAGUUGAGGUCUGAAAUUUCUCAACAGGAAUUGCAAAUUGGUGAACAGAGUGAAACUCUUAAAGUAACUAAUGAUGAGAGAUUAGAGCACCUUCGCUUGCAAGCGGAAUUGAGGCAGGAGUUGGAGAAAUGCAGGCGUCAGGAGGAGUUCCUUCUGAAAGAAUGUGAAGAUUUGAAAGAGGAGAGAGAGAAGUUUGAGAGAGAGUGGGAAGUGCUGGAAGGGAAAAGAGCUCAACUUAGCAAGGAGCUAAAGGAAAUUACUGUAGGGAGAGAGAAAUUUGAGAAGUUGCAAUAUGCUGAAGAGGAAAGGCUGAAGAAAGAGGAACAUGCAAUGAAGGAGUACAUUCAGAGGGAGUUGGAGGCUCUUAGACUGAAAAAAGAAUCAUUUGAAGCUAGAAAGAGGCAUGAACAACUCGCUUUAUCUGAAAAUGCUGAAAUUGAGCAUGAUCAAAUGGUGCAAGACUUAAAAUCACAGAAAAGUACUUUUGAGACUGAUCUCAUAACUAGGAGGGAGGAAAUGGAGACAAGCCUGCGGGAAAGGGAGAGGUCAUUUGAGGAGCGGAAGGAGAGAGAACGCAAAGAUAUAAAUUACUCAAAAGAAGUUGCUCAGAAGGAAUUGGAAGAAAUACACUCUGAAAGGCAUGCAAUAGAAAAUGAAAAGAAAGAAGUUGCAAGAAACAAAGAGAAGCUAGAAGGACAGCAAUUUGGAAUCCAAAAAGACAUUGAUGAACUUGUGAUGCUCAGCAAUAAGCUUAGAGACCAAAGGCAACAGGUCAUCAGGGAGAGAAAUCACUUCAUUUCAUUUGUUGAAAAGCAUAAGAGUUGCAAGAACUGUGGAGAUGUCACUAGGGAUUUUAUACUUUCUGGUCUUCUGCCUUCUGACAUGGAAGAUAGGGAGAUACUUCCUCUUCAGGUGGAAGCUGAUGAAACUUUGAGGAGCAAUAAAGAUGCUGCUGAAGAUCCAAAUGUUAUGAAUGUCAAGAAAUCUCUGGAUGAAGGCAAUUUGGGAUAUUCUAAUCCUCAAGAAAACAUGUCUUGGUUCCGCAAAUGCACUUCAAAGAUUUUUAGCAUAUCCCCUACGAAAAAGAUAGAACAUGGUUCAGCUCCAACUUUGGCAGUAGAAAAGACCGCGGGACUUGUUACACUGGACUCUAAAGAAGCUAGUGGUAGCAUGGUUCCUGGAAACAAAGUUCAGCAGCUUCAGCAUGAUGGAAUUAGAAGAGAGGAAGAUGGAUAUUCCAUCUCUUUUGACAACCACAGUUAUAUGGACAGUAAAGUGGAAGAUUCUGGACAAUCAGAGCUACAAAGUAAUUGUAAACCUGGGAGGAGACGCAAGGCUGGAGUAGGUAGAACACGCACAGUAAAAGCAGUUAUUAAGGAUGGCUCUGAAGAACCUCAGGACAAUGCCAAAAAGGUGCAGUCUUAUCGUAUCAUUGAUGGUAAGGGCAUUUUAGGUCGGACAGAAAAGCCAGCAGGCAACAUUGCAAGGAAGCGAGGACGUGCACAAGAAGAAAGUGAACAGGAUGCUGGUGAUAGUGAAGGAUGUUCUGACAGUAUCACGACUGGUGGUCAUGGGAAGAGGCGGCAAACGGUGGCCUCAGCCAUUACUCCAGGGCAAAAGCGGUACAAUCUAAGGCGACACAAGACUGCAGAAGCAACUUCUGCCAAGCAAUCAUUGUCUGAUAUGAUGAAUAUGGGGGAGAAAGAAACCGGUGGUUAUGCCACUGCAAAACCAUCUCAAAAUCCUGAAACUGCUCCUGUGGUGUCGCUUGGAGUUGCUAGUGAGACUGGCAAGUCUAAGGACUUGUUGAAGGUCACAACAGUAAAAGAUGUUGAAUUUUCACAGGAUAAGGCUAAUGUGGCAAAAUCGGUUGGGAUUGCUGAGUUGAGCGAGGAAGUAAUUGGCACAACAGAAUUUGAGGAUGAGGAUGAGAAUGGCAGCACGAUCCAUGAGGAGGACGAAGAGAACUACAAUGAUGAGGACGAGGAUUUGGAGCAUCCUGGUGAAGCUUCAAUAGGGAAAAAGAUAUGGACCUUCUUCACUACAUAAUUGUUACUUUUUGGUCCGUGAGUCUCAUUUCUCCCUCUCUUUCCCUGUACUACUGAUAAUACAUGAACUGUCUUUAAUUUGAGGAAUAGAGGGAAAGCAAGUUGUGGGGUUUGCACACUAAUGAUUAGUUACUGAGGGAACACUUGUCUCUGAUUUAAUAUAGGUCGGCUUGAGGUUUUGGUUUAACUGAUUCCUGUAUUCAUCAUCCUUCACCAAUGUAGCCUGUAACAGUUCCCCAUGGAGGAAUCAACUUGGUGUUUCUCUAUUAUAUGUGCCAUAGCAUAAAGCUCUCUCUUUUCUCA